CCUUGUUACGAAUUAGACAUGGAUUAGAAAUGAAAAAGACCAAGCACGAACAUCUUUUAUCAACAAUUAGCGGGUAUCUAAAACGACGGCAUUUCUCUGAGGGUGAACCAAGUCAGAAAAAGGAAUGUAAGGGACACCAGCCCCUGCCCAACAUGGCUCUGAAGGGCAGUCAGACAGGGGAGGCAACCACUACCAACACCUUGGCCUUCUCCAGCAUCUCAGGGGACACAACUCUCAUUGAGCAACAGUACAUUAGGUUACGCACCUUUCUGCAAGAGAACAUGAAGCUGUUUGGAACAGAUUCACAGGCUCUACUCUUUCCUGUCUUUGUCCACAUGUACCUUGAGAUGCUGAGCAAUGGCCAUAGGGGCAAUGCUCACAAGUUUUUUAAGAGCCACUGCGCAAUCUUUGGGACGGACACGGAACGUCAAUCCAUCCUGGAACAACUGUCCAAGCUCUCGUCCAAGGCUGAUAUGAUCUCGUGCAAACACGUGCAAGCUUUUAAGGACAUGAAAUACAGGGUUCCACUUACCAAAGAAAAGUUUGAAAUUCUCCAUAGAUAUUUAAAGAAAGAUGAUAACAUGAUGCUUCUACAAAUUAUCAACCACAAUAUUCACCUUGAUGUUGCAGGUGUCUACUCUAGUUCAUCUACCCCCUUUGAGCAGGGUAACUUUUACCACCAGUUUAUUCACUUGUUUCAUUGUUUCAACCUGUUGUCGAUGUUGGAGGUUUUCAUUCUGCCAUUACCAAGGUUUCGCACAGAACCAGACGAUGCUCUGAGCCUCGUGGAAGACAAGACAGAGAGUCGCCCAUUUCAGCCAAUCUCGCCGGCAGUGAUUCCCGACAACAAAGUUGUGCGAGAUGACGCGGGGCUCACUAACCUAAAGCAGGUCAUCAAAGCAGUGCGUGACGGACCCCCGGGGCUGCCAUCCAUAUGCUUCUACUCCUUCCUGAAUGCUCACCAAGGCCUAUGCUGUGCGUCAACAUCUGCAGACAAAAUGUACCUGAGUGGAGGGUUUGAGGACAGUGCUGUGAAGCUAUGGCGACUGUUGCCAGGCAGUUUUCCCAGUGUUGACAACAGUGACGGUCCCUCUGUGAUCAGGAUUGCAGCAGACUAUCUCAACACAGCAGAGGAAGAGGAGAUAAGAAGUAAACACAGACUAAGUGGAGAGGAGGUGGAGUGUGUCACAUUGAGGGGCCACACUGGCGCAGUGUACCAGGCACGCUUCACCUGGGACUCCAACUUCCUCCUCACCUGCUCUGAUGAUACCACAGUGAGGUUAUGGGACAUCGAGAAGCAGACCAAUGCUGCGGUAUACAAGGGACAUAACUACCCAGUGUGGGACGUCGAUUCCAGUGAUGUUGGGGAUUAUUUUGCCUCCUGUUCUCACGAUCAGACGGCCAAGUUGUGGAGUACAGAGAGAACUUUCCCACUGAGGAGCUUUGUGGGCCAUUCGUAUGAUGUUGAUUGUGUUCGCUUCCACCCAAACAAUAACUAUAUAGCCACUGGCUCAGGUGAUAAGACAGUUCGCAUGUGGAGCAUUCAGGAGGGGAAGUCAGUACGUCUGCUCUCCGGUCACAAGAGUUCUGUGCUUGCUGUGGCCUUCUCACCCAAUGGGACAAUGCUGGCCUCUGCUGGUGAGGACCGCAGGGUACGAGUGUGGGACCUGAGAACUGGCACCCCUUUCAAGGAGUUCAGGGGUCACACAGACGUCAUAUACACCCUGAGUUUCAACCAGAGUUCAUCCAUGCUGGCAUCAGGUGGACUGGAUAACUGUAUUCGAAUCUGGGAUCUCAGCAAGAAUGCUAGUUCAGUCCUUUCUUCUGAUAAUCACAAUUCGGCUGAACUUCUUGGUGCGUUUCCCACAAAAUCAACACCUGUGGUGUACCUGAACUUCACUGAUCACAAUGUGCUCCAGGCAGCUGGGGCAGUGUGAAAACCAACUUGUUUACAUUAAAUAAUAACUUCACUGGUAACCCUGUCAAUAUCAUUGAUAACAGUGUUUGUUUUUGGACGACAGGAACAGUGUGAACAGACUCUUAACAAUGAAUCUGCAUUUCACUGGUAAUAAUGUUCUCCAGGAAGCACAUUAAAUCUGGAAUUCAGUAGAAUGCAUCAAAUACUACUUCUUCACAUCAAAUCUACACUUGGAACAAACUGCUUUAGGCAGUAGAAGCAGUAUGGAAACAAUGCAUUUUUACAUUGAAUCAGAAUUAAACUGAUUACAAUGUUCUUUAGGCACCAGAAGUUUCAAACGCUUCUUGUCAAAAUAUGCAGCAGGAGCAGUGUAAAAGCUACAUGUUCACAUUAAAUCAGAACUUCAGUGCUAACCAUGUGCUUGAGCAUUCCACAAAAAUACUUCUCCAUAUUGAAUGUAAACAUCAUAAGUAACAAUGUGCUUCGGGCCGCUAGAGCAGUGUGAAUUGCUAUCCCUACAAACGGAACAUAAACUUUGUUGUUAUCAAAUUGCUUGGGGCAGCGGAAUCAGUUUGAAUUGCUAUUUCAUCGCUAUGCAACUUUUCUAAAAGUUGAUGACACAAAUAUCAAGCAUGGUGUAAACAGAGAGUUUGAAUUGUAGCACUAAAAUUUAUGUAUCAUACUGUCUUACUUUCUUGGUAAGAAUACUUAAAAAACUACUUAUCAAAGAACACAAGGUGUGAAAGUUUUAUUAAACAAUCAGCGCUAAGCAAUUUGCUGGAUACACCUUGACAACCUUUUUCUCUAAAAGUGGGUUGACAACUCUAGGUGUUGGUUAUAAAGCUUAUCCUUUUCAUUUUAAAUAUAUGUACUUUUUCAUAUUGUAUUACCAGUAUGUAAAUUUACUGUACAGCAUUUUGUAUUAUACACUAAGAGAUAAGUUUGUUACUUUUAUAAAAUAUCUGAACUUUAAAUAAAAAAGAAUUAUUU